CCUAAACACGCACAGCGUCCUAGUGCUCCUUUACUUACAAUAAGCACCUAUUUUGCCGCCUUCAAGUGUCAAGCAUUUCCCGAAGCUUGUCGUACGUAUCAGCCAAAUUCCGAAGCGAUACUGACCGGAUAGGACUUCGUCCCAAUAUCAUUGCGCAAAUCUAGCAGACAAAACCGGACCGAUAGUUAACUUUCUCUAGUUAAUUUGUGAAGUCUUGAAUAGUAUUGGUGGGGUCGGCGCUCGCCGCGCCCUGCCAUGGCAUACGAUACUGCCCAAGCCCUUCAGGGCUUUUAUGGCAUUAAGGACGAUGCAAGUUUUGACCCAGCGGCUGGGCUGGUGCCGCUGACGUCGGCCCUCAUUCCUCCACUUGUGGCUCAAGCUUUUGGCCUGCCCACGCUUGGGGGUGUCGCUCCACCUCCGCCUCCGCAACCCUUGCUACAACCUCAAUAUUCUCAGAGUUUAUAUGGCUCGCUGAUGAAUCCCGCUCUUAUGGGUGCUUUUGGCUACGGAGGUCCUCAUUAUGCCACCGCAAUCCAACAACAUUCGCAACUUGGGGGCCUACCUCUAAGCUACAUACAAGCCUUAGCGGCAGCUAGCCAACAACAACAGCAGCAGCAGCAACAGCAAUCCGCUGCUGCCUUGCUCGCCCAAACGGCAGGUGCUUUUCAUGCGCACUCUGCCGCAUUGGCCGCUGCUGCAAGAGCCGCGCCAUCGACAUCUUCAGCUCUAUCUCAACCAGUUGCAUCGGCAUCACUUACGGAGGCGUCAUCAGGACGGGGCGCUCCACUUGAGCCAGCAACGACUUCCACCACAACGAACUCAUCCGCGCUAAAAGCGCCUCAGCCCUCCUUAAGCGCAUCGGCGGGCUCCGUACCUCCACAACACCCCCUUAUGCACAGCCUUUACGCGGCCAUCGCCCAACAGCAAGCUUCAUACGGCGCCAGUUCUGCCGCAACGAGUUAUGCGGCUGCUCUCGGCCCCUAUGCAGCCAGUCAACUCCAUUCAGCGUAUUACGCGCGACCUUCCGACACAACUCCUGCAGCGGCAGCCGCCGCUGCCGCGGCAGCUGCGGCAGGAGCUUACGGUUACCAACACCAAGUUCCAGGAGCAGGUCCCUACGGAGCAGCGGCCGCCGCUUUCCACGCGGGCUACGGCGGCUCCUCCCUAGACCCCUACGCCGCGCUGGCUGCCGCCUACCGCCCGGCUGCGGCGCCCUCCUUCCCCGCUCCCUCCGCCAAGCCGCAGCAGUCCGGGUCCUUCUGCGAUGAGGACCUGGACGACGGCACCACGCGGGCCAUCAAGCGGCCGCGGCUGGUGUGGACGCCGCAGCUGCACAAGAAGUUUGAGAGCGCGGUUCAGAAGCUCGGCGUGGAUAAGGCGGUUCCCAAAAAUAUUAUGCAGGAAAUGAAUAUCGACGGACUCACGAGGGAGAACGUCGCAAGCCACCUCCAAAAGUACCGCAUGCUGCGCCGCAAAGACGCGACCUCCAGCGAAGGCCGAGACUCAGACACCCAAACCGUCGGCAGCAAGCGCAGCGAACCCGACUCGGCUCGGCAGGCGGGCCCCGUGGCGCCUGCCGCAACCGCUACAACCGCUACAACGACCGCAACCGCCACAACGGUCGCAACGGCCUUCAACGCUGCCCCGACGAAAGGGACGGCAGUUAACAGGUCGGGGGCCGGCAACGGCGGGAGCGGGAGCGGAGCCGCAACUGGGACGCUAGCAGGGUUGUGUGGGACCCCAGUGGCCGCCAAGUCUUAAGGACGGUGCUUCAUGCGGCCAGGGGCUCUGCAUGUGCGUAGGACGGUUUUAGUCAGAAGGGCCGCAUGACCACUCCCGGCCGAUGCCUAUGCUGCUCUUGGAACCCCUCUGACCCCUACAUCCUCCGCCCGCCUGUGCUGUGUCAGUUGGCGGACUCGCGUGUUGCGGUUGCAUGUGGGUACGUUGCGUGUGACCCGUGGGUCCUCACAUGAUGCUGCUGUUGGGCUGCGCUCUCAUGCGGACGAGGUGCUCUGUUGUCGCACCGAACCCCUCCUUUGUAGCUGUGUGCGUCAGAGGUGAACGAGCCUGCAUGCGAGUCCUAUGGGUGUUCACUCUAUAGUGCCCUGGUCUCUCUUUGGCCGUCUAACGACGUUUUGUCGAGGGGGUCACGCUUGGGAAGCACCGGUCGGCCCCGGCAGGAACCCGUCUCUGUAUGGUACGGUUGGCUUGGUGCUGGUGAGGCGCGGAUGAUCGGCCUUAGCGUUUGGUUUGCCGCAUCCAGGCGCUUUUUCACUCAUGGUUUGGCUGGGCUGGUGACGAGCAAGAGAACGAAAACCCAAUCAUCGCGAGAAACAUAAAUUGGAUUGACUUGACGUUCGCCAGUGUGUGGGGUGUCUACAGUAGAGAAAGGGGGUCUGUAGCGGCGGCUACCUCUGGCGGCCUCUGAUCGCAGGCCCUCGCUGGGAAACUGCUAUUGCCCAACUGGUCUUCCCACUGCUUUUACCUUGACAAGCUGUUGUUGGAGUUUCCCGUGUCCCACAUUGCGGUGGUGUGUUGGCCAUGUGGUGACGGCGAGGUGCGCCUCGUUGUCGGGCAUGGUCGGGCAAUGCGACACCCGCAUGCCCCCUUUCCUCGGGCGGCUUGUCAUCAUGUUGUGGUUCGCGGCGGUUAGCGGUUGCAUGCGGGUUCCUGGAGACGCCGAGUAGUGCGUCGUACCUGGAUGCAGCAUCGUAGUUGCGGGUGGAGAUGGAGGUGGUGGUGGUGGCGGUCGUCUGAUAAACCCGCUUGCAUGCGUUUGGUGUUACGGUUUGCUGUGUUUGCCAUCUCACGCGCAUCACCUGACGGUGACGGGUAUGGGUGGCUACCUCCUGGCCGCUGGUUUGGUGCUGCCCGUUGAGUUGUGGCGUGAUGGGUUGCAAGGUGCUGCUUCUGCUACUGCUUUUUUGGACUUUUGAGGCAAGGAUUUAAGCUUUGAGGCUUUUUGCAUCGUAUCGCAUUGGCCUCUGUUGCUAUGGUUUCAAGAGGAGGAGGAGUAAGGCUACUUUCAAGGAAUGGAAUUUACGUUCAUCUGAUACGGUGCGUCGUGUCGUUUGGGACCGAGCAAAGCCGAGUAGAUGCAUCAGCACGUCAUGCAUGCUACUUGUAUUCUGUUCUUGGGUGGAGUUGUUUGGCGCCUGUGGUUAACUUGUUGUUUGCUCAGCUCUUUUGCGCGACACGAAGGACACGUUCUGGCGAAGGCUUUGUCGUACGGCAGAGGGAGGUUGUGUACGCUAAUCCGAAAUCCGCUAACCUGGAUUGUUGCGAUAGAUGCUUGUAUGCAUACGUGUGGUGGCAAUGGCCUUGAUGGAGCCGAUCCUGCAUCUUGAAAGCCCUUGUGGGGCAUGUGGGUGAAUUCUAAGGGCGGGAGGUGGUAUGACACAUACGGCAUGCAUUAAUGAAGGAGCAGUGCAAGGUCGGCCUUGGCCGUGCCACACAAGGCCAUUUGCCUUGGGACUCUGUUUGUUCAAUUCGGCUAGGUCCUGUUCGGGUAGUCAUUUGUUGCUUAUGAAAGCUGGGUGCGUGUGUUGGGAGCUUCUGGCACCCCGACCGUACUUACCAGAUUGGUUGGACGGCGGGAGGGCCGGGGCGACGUGCGUCCGUGCUCUGCAGUUGUUCUCUGUCCGCUGCGGCUCCGUGCGGCUUUGGCUCACAAAGGGCCUAUGAUAAUGUCUCCAUGUUUCGCUUCUUCGCUGUGCUUUGUUGGCUAUGCUUUGGAAUGGGUUUUCGGAUGGAGUUUACUGUCUCGUUCAGGACCGGAGCUGUUUGCUGGGUAAUGCUGCAAUCACCGGCUUGGUGGGUAGCAAGUUGCUCAGGAUGCAGGUGGCGCGGUCGUUGCGUUGGUCCUCUAAUGCGUUGUUGGAGGCCGGCAUUUUUGUGACCUGCCACCUUAACUUGCCAUGCCCAGCGUACUGUUCUGGGUCUAUGAACCAUGGGUCACAGACACGCUUCGGCAGCAAACACUACCCCUGCCGGCACGGUUGCGUGGUGUCAACUAGAAAUGCAGAGUAUGUCCACCAAGCACUGCGCACUGGUUUUGAGUGUCGUGAUAAACUGCUAAAACGGGCGGCAAUGAACUCUGGUGAGAGUGUGGUGUGCUUUUGUAAACUUUGCCGUUGGUACGGCAGUUGCCCUCCUGUUUGCGUUGUUUCUAAUGUGUUUUGAAGGCCUCAAGGUCGGGUUUUGUGGACGGUACGCUGUUACGAGAUUCGGGGCCAUUUGUGAAGGCGCCCCGCACCACAGGGGUGCGCGUGGACUCCUGUUUUGACGUUCGGCAGCAUGGAGAUUCGUUCAUUGAUGUAUUGAUAAACGUGGGAGGGCACUGAUUGGCUUUGCGGUUUCGCCACGAGUUACAGU